UUUGUCAUGGUGACAUUGACUCUGUUAUUGUUUACUUUUUUUGUGGUAUUUUUAUAUUAAUAAUAAUAUAAAGUACUUAUUAUUCGUUGGUUAUUUCACAAGAUUUGAUAAGCGUGGUCGUGCAGUUUACAUCAGUUGUUUGAAAGGAAAGGUUAUCUAGCAGAUUUACCAGUUGCACUAUUAAGUUAUAAAAUGUUGAAAUCGUUCCUAUUUUUUUCAAAUAACGUCGGUUCUAAAGUGAUUUCGAGUAAAAGAGCAGGUAUAAAUGUGAACAAUGUAAAUAAGAUUCUGGUCUGUGCUUUUACAACGAAAACCAAUAUCCAAAGAAAGAAGAUCUACCGGGACAUUAAAGAGGCUAUCCAGGAUAUACAGGAUGAGUCCAAAUUGCUCAUAGGAGGGUUUGGACUAUGUGGAAUUCCAGAAAACCUAAUAGCAGCCUUACUGCUACAUGAUGCCAAAAACUUAACAGUGGUAUCGAACAAUGCGGGAGUCGAUAAGUUCGGCUUAGGGUUGCUGCUGAAGCAAAAGAAGAUCAAGCGGAUGAUAUCCAGUUAUGUGGGGGAAAAUGCGGAGUUUGAAAAACAGUUUUUGUCGGGGGAAUUGGAGGUGGAAUUAACUCCCCAAGGAACACUUGCAGAGCGGAUAAGAGCCGGUGGCUCAGGAAUUCCAGCUUUCUUUACCCCGACAGCUUAUGGGACUUUGGUGCAUGAAGGUGGGGCGCCCAUUAAGUAUGAUAGUAGCGGAAAAAUUGAAAUCGCCAGCAACCAGCGCGAGUCCCGGCAAUUUGAGGGCAAAGACUAUAUUAUGGAAGAGGCGAUAACCGGCGACUUUGCCUUGAUUAAAGCCUGGAAGGCUGAUUCGGCCGGGAACCUGGUUUUCAACAAAUCGGCAAGAAAUUUCAAUCCCACGAUGGCAAAGGCGGCAAAGGUGACAAUAGCAGAAGUUGAGGAAAUUGUAGAGUUGGGCUGCAUCCCUCCAGACCAAGUGCAUGUACCAGGAAUUUUCGUCGAUCGGAUAGUUGUAGGGGAGAAGUUUGAGAAGCGGAUUGAGAGGGUCACAGUGCAGAAGGUCUCCGACAGUACCGACUCAGUAGUAAAAAGAAAUCCGGCAGCCGAAACGCGCGAAAGAAUCAUCCGAAGGGCAGCGUUGGAGUUCAAAGAUGGAAUGUAUGCUAACUUGGGAAUUGGGAUGCCAAUGCUGGCCUCAAACUAUAUCCCCAAAGACAUCGAGGUGUUUUUGCAGUCAGAAAAUGGGAUUCUUGGCCUGGGCCCCUUUCCAUCGCCCGAAAACGUCGAUCCCGAUCUGAUAAACGCCGGCAAAGAAACCGUCACUGUUGUGCCAGGCGCUUCGUUCUUCAGCAGCGAUGAAAGUUUCGCCAUGAUCAGAGGUGGGCACAUUGAUUUAACCAUCCUGGGAGCAAUGGAAGUGUCGCAAUUUGGAGAUUUAGCCAAUUGGAUGAUCCCAGGUAAGCUAGUGAAAGGUAUGGGAGGAGCGAUGGAUUUAGUGGCAGCGCCGGGCACCAAAGUGGUAGUUUGCAUGGAACACACAGCUAAGGACGGCAGCAAAAAGAUUCUGGAAAACUGCACACUGCCCUUAACAGGUAGACAAGUCGUAGAUCUGAUCAUAACAGAGAAGGCGGUCUUUUCAGUGGACAGGGAAAAUGGCCUGACCUUAAUAGAGCUGGCGGAAGGUGUGGGAAUUGAGGACGUGCUCAUGACCACUGGAUGCAACUUCCAAGUUGCGGAGGAUUUGAAGCCAAUGGGCCAAAUUGAGAUCAGCUAGGCUAUAAGACUAGGAGAAUUUUCCUUCUUUCCAAGCGCAAAUCGAUCAAUGAUUAUAAAUGCUGUGCAAAGACAGGUUCCUAAUGGCAUACUUGUUAUUCUGGAAUUAAAUGCAAGAUUUAUUUAAUCCUAA